GAGGGAACGGGGAGGCCAUCGGAGACAAUGCAGGACGGCGGCGCCGCCGGCGGCGGAGAUGUCCCGGAGGACGCCAAUGACCAUUGCCCCGGAACGCAGUCGGAUGCGGCGGGGAAGGCGGAGUCAUGCGCCGGGUGCCCCAACCAGCAGAUCUGCGCCACCACACCCACGGGCCCUGACCCCGACCUGCUUGUCAUCACUGAGCGAAUGAAUACUGUGAAACAUAAGAUACUGGUAAUGUCUGGCAAGGGUGGUGUCGGGAAGAGUACUUUUUCAGCCCAGCUCUCAUUUGCCCUUGCUGAGGACUAUGAGGUCGGUCUUCUAGACAUAGACAUAUGCGGACCUAGCAUCCCAAAAAUGUUAGGCCUCGAAGGCCAGGAUAUUCAUCAAAGCAAUGCUGGCUGGUCACCAGUGUAUGUUGAGUCCAAUCUUGGUGUCAUGUCAGUUGGCUUCUUGUUGCCCGAACCAGAUGAUGUUGUCAUAUGGAGGGGUCCUCGCAAGAGUGGACUCAUCAAAAAGUUCGUAAUGGAUGUUGAUUGGGGAGAGAUUGACUACCUCGUGGUAGAUGCUCCUCCAGGAACCUCAGAUGAAAAUAUAUCAAUUGUUUCGUACCUCCAGAUUGCAGGAAUAGAUGGUGCCAUCAUCGUCACCACCCCACAGCAAGUUUCUCUAAUUGACGCAAGGAAGAUGAUAAACUUCUGCAAAGAGGUUAAGGUUCCUGUCUUGGGUGUUGUUGAGAACAUGAGUGGCUUGAGGUAGGCAUUUUAUUUGAAAUUCAUGAACCCAAGCGAGACAGGUGACACCGACGCCACGGAGUUUGCCCUGAACUAUAUCAAGGAGAACGCCCCCAAACUUCUGUCGCUCGUUGCAUGCAGCGAGGUGUUCGAUAGCAGCAAGGGUGGACCUGAGAAGAUGUGCCAUGAGAUGGGAGUCCCUUUCCUUGGGAAGGUGCCCAUGGAUCCACAGCUUGGCAAGGCGGCGGAGGAGGGGAGAUCAUGCUUCACCGAUCAGAAGUGCAGUGCAAGUGCUCCAGCUCUUAGAAGCAUAAUCAAGAAGCUGUUCAAGCCUCAAUGA